AUGGAUCCGUCUGCGUCUCGUUCGUCCUCGCGCCAACGACUUCCCUCCAGGCCUACGACCCCUCUGCGCCCAAGCUCUCGGUCUUCAUUUCGCGAAGCACAUGGCUACGGAGGAAGCAUCAGCAAUACAGGACACUCGCAGCCUGCUAUCAAUGCAUUGGAACCCCAGUUUGCCGAACUAGCAGACUCAAUGGCGGAUCUCGAGGCCAACUUUAUGCACCUACAGUUGUUACACGAGAGUUUGACGCGGUUCAGCGAGAGCUUCGCCAGUUUUCUCUACGGGUUGAAUAUGAACGCAUUUUGUGUGGACUAUCCAGAGGCUCCUAUUCCUGAUUCCUUCCGAAGAGCGAGACAAACAGAGACUGAAAAAGAGAGAGAGGCUGAAGCUGAAGAAGCCCGACCGACGGUGAAUGAUGGCGAAACAACGUUUUUGACUACGGACACUUCCUUCCUCGAAAGCCCUCCUACCACGGUCUCUUCGAAACAGACCCCUAUAUACUCCACUUCUCGCGCAAGAGGAUCUUCUACUCGUGGGGCUACUCGUGGGACAACUGGUGGUCGCUAUACAACACGAGGCACGAGCCGGGCUCGUCCCAGUGCGUUGCCUCGAGGAAGGGGAGUGCGUUGA